GGCGAGUGGGAAAAACAGGGGGAGAGGGCUGACGGACAAGGUCUUCUUCCUGCUGCAUGCGUGGUGUAAUACGUACACUGCCUCCUACGUUCCCUCUGUGUGCUUAUAAACAGCCGGUCCAUCUCGUUUCGAGGAAGACGCUCUAAUCUCGUUUCUGGCGGCAUUCAAACCACACAACUCCCUGAUGAAGAUCGCGAUCCUCAUGCUAGCGUGCUUAGCACACACCGUGCUAGGCCAGAGCCAACGUAACGGCCGCCAAACGAACAGCACCAUUUCAAACGUCAACUCGACGGCCCCGUCGUCAGCACGCACCAUGCCCAUCGUGUGCUACUACUACGGCUGGGCAGCGACCAGGCCCGACCCAGCAAGCUACGACGUGGAUAAGAUACCCGGAGAUCUGUGCACGCACGUCAACUUUGCUUACGCCGGCGUCGCCCCAAACACGUGGGAACUGGACAGCCAGGUGCCUCGCUACGACGCGGACAGAGGACUCUACAAGAAGUUCACCGCCAUCAAGGAUGACUACCCCAAGCUGAAGACGCUGCUCUCCGUCGGAGGAUGGCAACACCCGAAUGGCGUCUUCUCGCAGAUGAGCAGCACUCCUCAGAACAGGCAAAAGUUCAUAACGAGCGUGCUCCAGUGGAUGAAAGAGUAUAACCUGGAUGGCGUGGACCUCGCCUGGCCCUUCCCGGGCGUCGACUACCGCGGAGGAGGGCCCCAGGACAAGGAAAACUACGUGCAGCUCGCUAAGGAGCUCUCCAAGGAGUUAAGAGCAAACGGGCUUAUGCUUACGAUGGAAGUUCCACUAUCGGAUCAACAUCUGAAUCCCGGAUACGACAUCGCCGAAUUGACCAAGUACGUAGACUGGUUCAACACCCACGCCUAUGACCUGAGGGGAAAGUGGAACGGAGUCACCGAUGUCCACAGUCCGCUGUUCCCAAGAGACAUCGAUGUCGGAGAUCAACAGAAACUGAACGUGAAAGAUGGUCUCGAAAACCUGGUGAGCCGCGGCGCCCCCAAAUCUAAGUUGGUGAUGGGAAUUCCUUUCUUCGGAAGAGGAUUCACUCUCCUGGACAGCUCUCAACAUGGACUGCACGCCAUCAUGAACGGCAACGUACCCCCUAACCCUGGACCAUUCGUGAGGAGCUCCGACGUCUACAGCUACUUUGAGAUAUGCCUGUUCCUGAAGAGCGGUUGGACCAGGGAAUUCGAUGACCAAGGAAAGGCUCCAUACGCAUACUACAAUAACCAGUGGAUCGGAUACGAAGACACUGAGAGCAUCAAGCACAAGAUGAACUUCCUACUCCGCGAAGGCUACGCCGGCGUAUACGUCUUCAACAACGACAUGGACGACUUCAGAGGACUCUGUGGUGAACCCAACGUACUCCUCAAGACUAUCAGGAACAGUUUGAACCAAGACAAGAACGACAUUGCCGAAACACUCUAAAAGCCGGACAAGCGUCACUAGUGUUGCGCCACUGCGCACUAGUCACAAGAAAUGAUGCGCAAGAUGAACUCCCGGUGACCAUAGCCCUGUUCCGAUUUCAAAAUAAAGAGUACUGGAACUUC